AUACGAAUUUAGGUCUAGUCUAACAUUGAUAUUUAGGUCCCUGAUUUUAAUCAACAAGGAUGAAGAAUCCCUCGUUGUUUUCAUGCACAAGAAGAAACGGUAACAGAAUCUUUCUUUCGGCGCCAAAUAUGGAUCGGACAUCAAAUUACUGUUGCCUUGAGAAAUCCAUGGCAACUUCCCCGCUCCAACACCACUUCCCCUCUAUCAAAAAAAUUACGUUUCUUGUUGUCUAUCCAGAAGAAGAAGAAGAAGAAGAAGAAGUAAAGAAGGAUAGAAUAAGAAACAAGAUCUAUACUUUCAUAAUGGGGAGUGAUUAGAUUAGCCGCCGAAAAACAAAAAACAAAAAACAAAAAGAGAUAAAGAAAUCAAACCAAUAAUGGCGCAAGCACACCCAGAAGAAAAAUUACAGGAAAAGCUCGAAAAGGAGUCGAUGACGACAAAGAGGGAUGAAAAGAGGGAGAUUUCAAUUUCGAGUCCUACAUCUUUCAAAUUCAAUGCACAAGCACCCGAAUUUGUUCCAAGUUCACGUACCCAAUCUCCGGUUUCGGGUUACUUUUACCCGUAUUUUAGUUACAUGGGUAUGGGUGGGAACGACGGAAGCGGGUCGGCUGAUUGGAUUUAUGCUAGCGCUGCUACUGCUGCUGAUCAAGAUCAGCAAAUGCAUCUUUUUACGAACCCUAAUGUUUUGAUCCCCAACUAUUCGAAGAAUGUCCUCACUGAAGAUCUUCAACAAAAGAUCAUCAAACAGGUGGAGUAUCAGUUCAGUGGGCUGAGCCUGCUUGCAAACGAGUCCUUGGUGAAACACAUUAGCAAGGAUCCAGAAGGCUAUGUUCCCAUAUCUGUUAUUGCAUCUAUGAAGAAAAUCAAAUCCUGCAUCACUAAUAACCAUUUCCUUGCCCAAGCUCUCCGUUCCUCUUCAAAGUUGGUUGUAAGUAAUGAUGGGAAAAAAGUUAGACGUAGACACCCCUUCACAGAAAAGGAUAAAGAAGAAUUACAGUCCCGUACUGUUGUUGGCGAGAACCUUCCCGAAGAUCAUUCUCAUCAAAAUCUUGAGAAAAUCUUUAGUGUGGUUGGAAGUGUGAAAGCCAUUCGUAUAUGUCAUCCGCCCGAGCCCAACUCGUCACAUUCCAAAGGGGAAUAUGUAUUUAGCAAUAAGCUCCAUGCUUUAGUGGAAUAUGAAACUACCGAAACAGCAGAAAAAGCAGUUGAUCAAUUGAACGAUGAAAGACACUGGAGAAAAGGGUUUCGUGUUAGGUUGUUGAUUCGACGUUCACCAAAAUCUGUUCUAAAGACUAGAAAGUCAGAUUUUGACGGGCUGCUUGACGAUGAUGAUGAUAUAUUUGACAUGUCAGAAGAGCCUUCUCAGCCUAAUAGUGCCCCAGCAGAACUAGGCAUCGAAAACAAUGGCGAGGAGAAUUCAAAGAAGGGAUGGGCGCGGGCCCGUGGGAAAUCAAAGUCACGGACCCCAACACACAGUAGUCGUGGGCUUCUUGCACCGAGUCCACAAACACAAACAAGCAGUUCAAUAAUCCAUUUGGAAGCAUCUUCAAUGAAACAAAGUCCUAAAGGCCCACGAAUGCCAGAUGGGACAAGGGGUUUUACAAUGGGAAGAGGAAAGCCGAUUUCUAAUCCUCCAAUUCUAACCGGCAUACCAUAAGGGCUAAAUGCUUUUUCAUUUCUUUUUGUAAUAAUUUGCCAACAUCGAUUCUUGAAAGUUGAAUCGAAUGAAUAAAAUUUUGUUGAGAGCU